UUUCUGUAACGUGUUCGAGCAACUUCACGGCGCUCAAGCUGCUCUUCUUUACCUGCGGGAUGGUGGCUGAGUGAUCAGAAGAGACAUGGAUCUAAAAUCCGAGCUGCUCAAGUCCAUCUGGUAUGCGUUCACCUCGCUGGAGGCUGAACGCAGCGGCAAAGUGUCCAAGUCCCAGCUGAAGGUGCUGUCUCACAAUUUAUACACAGCUCUGAACAUCCCUCAUGACCCUGUAGCCUUAGAGGAGCAUUUCAAGGAUAAUGACAAUGGACCUGUCUCUGAUCAUGGCUAUAUGCCUUACCUCAACAAGUAUAUUCUGGCAAAGGCUACUGAGGGUACAUUUAACAAGGAGACGUUUGAUGAGCUGUGCUGGACGAUGACAGCUAAGAAGAAUUUCAAGCCCAGUAUACAGCAGGGAGUGUGUUCCCAAAGUGACUACUUCAAACUCUUCUGUCUGUUUAACCUGCUCUCUGAGGAUCGUUAUCCGCUUGUCAUCAUCCAGCCUGAGCUGGAGUACCUGCUGAAGAAGAUCUCGACUGCUAUGAGCCAGGAGUGGGAUGGGAAGGCACUGGAGGAUCUGCUAUCCCAGGAUCCUUCUUUGCAGGAUGGCCUGUCUGUGUGGAUGUUUUUGGAGCAUUUCAGCACAGGGCAUCUUAUGAGAGUGGACAGUGAGGAGGCCUUCAGCCUGGCACUGGAUGAUGUCUUCAUGGAGAUGUACCACAAUGUACUGAAAAAGGGUUACAUGUUGAAAAAGGGACAUGUACGUCGGAAUUGGCAUGAGCGCUGGUUUGUGCUUAAACCAGGCAGCUUGACCUAUUAUAUUAAUGAGGACCAGAAAGAGAAAAAAGGAGAGGUCCAGUUGGAUGGGAGCUGUGUGGUAGAGACCAUGCCUGAUAAAGAAGGAAGACGCUGUGUAUUCUGUGUGAAGACUCCUGGCAGGACAUAUGAAAUGAGUGCUUCAGAACAGAAACAGAGAGUGGAGUGGAUUCAAGCUAUACAGACAGCCCUCAGGCUGAAGACAGAAGGGAAGAGCUCAAUGCAUCAGGAGCUAAAGCUGCGCAGACGAGAGCAACGAGAGAACAGCCAGAACAGUCAGAGAAGUGAGAGCCAGAGUGCCCAGAGAAGUGAGAGCCAGAGCAGCCAAAGUGGCCAGAGAAGUGAGAGCCAGAGCAGCCAGGAUGAACAUAAUGCUGAAGUCGAGGAGCCCAGCUCUGUGACUGAACAUGUAGAACUGGAGAGCAAGGAACCAGAUAUGGAAAUCAUAGAUAUCAUCCAGCAACAUCUGGAAAUUGAGGUGCAGCGUAAAAAGGAGGAUGAAUGGGAGAAAGAGAAGCAGAAGGAGAGGCAACAAGAGCUGGAGAGACAGCUGGAGGAAGUAACCAAGGAUAAAGAGAACUUGGUGGCUGCGCUGGCUAAGAUGGAAAUGGAGGUACAGCAGCAAAAGAAGAGAUUACAGGAGCUGGAACUCACACAGCAGAAAUUGGAGGAGGCGCUCAGCACAGAGAUUCAGGCGCGCUUAGAGGAGGAGAAAAUCCGACAUGAGCUCGAGAGGCUGCUGGAGGAAGAAAGGAGGAUGUUGUCUGAGUUGAUGCUUCAUCAGAGACACUCAGAGACUCCUGAUUGUGCAGAAGCAACGCAGGAGAAAACACCUCAGCCCGAAAAAGAUGAGGAUAACAUACUCCCUCCUGCAUCGUCUGUGAUCCCUCCAUCCUCUAGCCCCCAAUUAACAAUGUGUCCAACCCAGGCCAUUACAGAAACAGUGGAGACAUAUCAGGACAAUGUGGAGAAACUGUCUGAGAAAUAUCCUAAAGCCCCACAUAUGAGACAUUGGAACGUCCAGCUCAACUGCCUUAUGAAGCCGAUCACACCAGCAGAUAAGAUGGAACGUCUUUCAGUGAGGUCCAACUAUCUGAAAAACGACCAGGCACUCACCAGCACCGAGUUCAUUGCGAAGUACCAAUCAACCCUCACUGAAACGGAAUCCUCCAACAGUCAGUUACGAAAGAGAGAAGAGGAUGUGGGUGCAAAAGAACCAAUCAGUGCAUCUCUGAUUGAGGAACCACAGAAAACGAGAGAACAGUUUGAGCAGAGCAAAGACUUUGCAUUGUGACUCACUGACAAAAGCUCAACAACAAGUAAACUUUUUCCAUGAGAUUCGUUAUUGUUUGUAGCAGCCUUACCAUCUUACACAAGUGAAUAGCAAAUGUAGAUCGAAAUGUAUAAAAAAUGUAGUUGUAGGAAUGCUACAAUGUAGUAUUUACUUUUGAGGACAAAUGCAAACACUCAUUUAUUUACAGCCAUUUCACUAAAUCCAGACAAUACCAAUUUCUUGUCCAAGUUUUCUUUUUGUUAAAUCUGUCAAUGACAUCUGACUUGUUAGAAGCUGAUAACCUUCAAGUGAAUUCUGGGGAAAUUAAUUAAAAAAUAUGUACGCAGCAGUACAAUGUGUAGAUAAUUAAUAAUGAAAAGUGUUAAAUUAUGAACACUGGUUUUCUCAACCAGGCUUUACUAAUGUCUUCCUUUUAGUUAUGUUCUUGUUAUUAUAUAAUUUGGUGCAUGCUGUACACCACAUAUUUCCUGUUUCAGAGUUUAUCUACAUCGGCAGUUUACGCCACUUGAGUUAUACAGAACGAUCUGAGAGUAAGGACUGAAUUCAGUUCUGCUGUUUUGUUUUCCCCUGGGUGAAAAAUAUUAUAAACAUAUUAAUAACAGAUAUGACACAUAUUUCAUUAUUUUCUGAUUUGAGUGACUGCAUUCCAGAGCUUGUUCUGUAUCUUAUUCCUUCUGUUCUUUUUUCUAUGCUUCUGCAUUGAUGACUCUAGGUUUUGCACAAUUGGCUGUUUGUAAUUCUAUGGAUGACCAGUAGAGGGGGCACUUGUUCUGAAAUUUAUUGCUUCCUGCUAUUCAAACUAAUUCAUUGCAUACCUCAGGCCUCCUUACCUCAUUGUCAUCAUUUGCCAUUCCACUUAGAGUAAGUAAUUAAGCCAUUAUAGAUUAAGUUAAUAUUCUCCAGCCCCUGGUUCAAUUCAAAGACCUAGUGAAACAAACAAGGGGGUUCAAGUACCAAAGAAUGUUGUCCUGAAUAUGCUGAUUCAGGAUAUUCUUUAUGUACUGUCCUGAAUAAAUCCUGACAGCUUC